AUGCCGAUGCCACCACGACAAACGAGACGCUCGGCCAUGCGGCUGCCACUUCCCCUCGCCUUGCUGGUCAUCGCCACGCCGGCCUGUGCCCAGAGCCUCGAUAAAUGGGUCGAACCAAAGGUCUACUCGCCUGGUCUGAUUGCAGGCAUCGUUAUCGCGUCUCUCGCAGCGCUCGGCGUGGCCAUCGCGCUCAUGUUCGGGUUCAUCUGGUGCAACCGCCGUAGGCACAACAUGCUACACCCCAACCGCCUGAUUCAAGCCUUGUCGCGGAACAGCAACAAGCACGACACUGGGAGCAGUAGUGGUGACAGCUCUCUGGUUGAGAAGGGUAAAGGUGGCAUGCCGACCAUGGCGUCCACCGCGCCCAUUGUCGUCAACUAUCCCGUCGAACCAGAAAAGGCCCACGGUGGAGGGCCACGAGGGGCCACCGGCGGGCUGUGGGGUGAGAACCUGCACAGCUCGGGCAGCAGUGGUCAAUUCCUUAUGCCACCGCCGAUCAACUAUGGUGGCAGGAGAACGGAGACAAGGGUCAAGCCCGAGCGACCGACCUCCUACGAUGGUCGAGCGACGUAUGCGGGUCGCGGCAAGUCGCAAAACUGGGUGGCUGACGACGAUGCCAUGCUGUACAAUUAG